AAAGCAAGCAAUUCUAAAGCCACUCCCCUCCUGCCGUUCACUGACUCUCUCCCGCUGCCAGCAGCAGGAGCUCAUUAUUCGUCUCUUCGUGCGGUUCUUGUCCGCUUGCUUAAAAUGGACCAGGACUGGCGAACUUUAGCCACACAGCGAGCCGAAUACGUGUCCGACCGUAUCCGCGGGCUGCUGUCCUCCGGCCUGGAUUUCCUCCGAGCCGAGCUGGGGGUUGAUCUGGGGAUAAAACCGGAGCAGUAUCCGUCGUGGCUGAUUCUGAGCACGGCUCUUAUCGGGCUGAUUGUGCUGGUGGUGCUCCCGGCCUGUGGACGAAGGAAGCGCCGAGCCGUCCCAGUUACUGUGAGUCCCAGCACCGUCGCCGAGAUCCCGGUCAAGACCGCUCUGUCACCGAAGACUGUGAAGACCGAGCCAAGCGAACCGAAGAAGAAGAACAAAAAGAAAGCAUCCGACAAGCAGAAGGCCCAGGCAAAUGGACAGACAGUGGCUGAACCUCAGCAGGAAAUCAAAGUCACCGAGGAGAAGAAGAAACCCCCUCCUUCACCAGCACCAGCACCAGUACAGCCACCUGCUGAUACAAAGACCAAGAAAAACAAGAAGAAACCAAAACCCGAGGUGAAGCCAACCAAAGCUGUUUCCUCCACGGAUGCCAAGGAACCUGAUGAAGCAGGUGCGUGGGAAACCAAGGUCAGUAAUCGAGAGAAACGUCAGCAGCGCAAAAAGGAGAAGGGCCCUGGCGACAGCUCUGGGAGCCCUGAAGCUGGAGACCAUGCCAGCCAGAAGGUGGAACAACCUGUGGUUACAGCCACAACUGGCACCAAGAAGAACAAGGAGUCAUCACGUGCCAAGGCCGCGAAGAGUGAUGUCAUCACAGCCCCAGUGACGUCUAACUAUAAUGAUGUGAACUCUGUGAACGGUGGAGGGUUAAUGGAGGAGCCUGUGAAGUCAGCGCAAACAAGCGCUUUAAACAACGAGAAGUGGUCUACUGGGAGAAAGACCCUUGGGCAAAAGAACCGUGAUAACUCCACCUGGAAACUAGAGUCAGAAGGGGCAUGGACUAAUUUGGAUGGAAAAAUUAAGGCAGAACCAAACCCAGUGAACGUAAUGCUUAGACUGAACCCACCAGGUGGAGAGACUCGGACUAAACCGAACAUUGAAAUAGGGAAAUGGGACAAUACACCCGCCCCUGACAAUGAAUGGUCCAGCUCCAAUGGUCUUUCCGCUGUGGACCCGAGCUCAGACUGGAACGCUCCAGCUGAGAUAUGGGGGAAUUAUGAGCCCAAAGUUGAUGCUCCUGCUUUGAAAGAGAUUCCAGUUUCCAGCCCAAUUGUGGUGACCCAAGGUCGAGACCUGCCUCAAGGUUCUUUCCCAAUCUCGGAAUCAAACGAUGACAAGGACCAGGCAGAUCCUGCAGGAGGUGGAAAAUCUAAGAGACGCAAGAAAAAGAAGAGACCAGAGGAAGAAGGUUCAACCGCUGAGGUGAUUCAAGAAGGUGUGACUGUCAAGCUUCAUCCUCAUGUUCCAAAGGAUGAGGGAUCCAAGCAAAACAUCCCUCCACAGUCUUCAAAGAUAUCUGAUCAGAAUUGGGAACCACCGAAGCAAGUUCAGAAGAAAAAAGCCAGGAGAGAAACAUGAACUGUGAAUAAAAUCCAGGAUAGUUUAUGCAAAUAGAUUGUUUAUGCAAUAAUUCCACAGUACAGAAUUUUAUACUGAAAAGUUGACUGUGCUUUUAAAAUAAAAUCCAAAAUAGAAACAAAACUGAGUUGGAAGAACUCGACAAAAAAAAUAAAUAAAUGAAAGAAUGAAAACUAUAGAGUAAAGGUGAGCAGUCCGUGGGCUGGAACACUACUUAUGUGCACUAUUACGCCACACUGAGGUUUGUUAAUAUCAGACAUGCUUUCAGUGGAGCAAAACAUUCAUGAUCAUUAUUUUCCAACAGAUGCUUAACUGAUUUUGAACUUGGGAAAUCGACUUUCUUUCCAUCUAUUACUGUUCCUGUGGCACUUUAGUUCUGCUGAACUGCACUUUGCUGUCCAGCAGUUGCUGAAGUGUUGCAGUUUCUGUUAGAAGCCACAGAGAGGCGCUGUGAGCCCGCGUCUCCUCCAGCAGUUCUUCUGUGAGGGUGAAUUACUGUAAUCCUCUAGAUCGCUGUGGUGGAAAACCAGAGAAUUUUUUUAAUGCUGAACCUAUUUUCUUAAAGCCUUUCUUCCGUCCUGAGUACCAGUAUGUGUUUUUUACCCAUGUAACUGGGUAAGUGGAUCUUGGAGAUGCUUAGAGUUACAACUCUUCCCUUUUUAAUCAACUACUAGUUGACUAAUGCUUUAUUUCCUUCAAACUAAAGUAGAAAAAGCCACGCCAUAUGUAUAGUACUUUAAGGGCUUUUUUAUAUGGUAAAACUCUUUGUAAUUGCACUGUGCUGAAGGUUGUAAAAUACCAAGUGUAUUUACUUAUUUGUUUCUUGCACAAUGUGAACAUUACAUUUUUGUUCAUGUUUGUUUUUGACUGAGUAAGUUAGUAGGUUUAUGUGAUUUUUGUUUGGGAAAGUUGAUGAUUAUUAGAGCAGCUUUAAUUCCAUGACACUAAAACAGUAUCAGUAUCAGGAAUCUGUUGCCUUAAUCAAUACUUAAAGUGUAUGCUUUCUGUUCUCUUCCUCAUUAUCUAGUCUUUUUAGCAGGUUUGGCGUUACCUUUCGUUUCAGAUUUGAUUGAUGUCAGUGUUGCACUUGCAUGAACUUAACCAUUAUAUAGUGAUGAACAACGUCCUGAUUUACUGUCCACUUGUGCAAGUACCACUCACUGUAAAUAGGCUUUAAUGAAUGAUGAGGAUGAAUGGAUGUGGGGUGGGAGGGGAGGGGGGGGAUAAAAUGCUUCUUCAUAUUUGGGUUGAUUUAGUGGUGUUUUGCCCAUGGUUUUUUGUAAAUGUCAGUAGAUCAUGUGUUUCUGAGGGACUGUGGUCUAUCAUCGGAUGCCUGCCUUAGUUUAUCAUUCUAGAGGUUACUCAAAUUAUGUAUUUCUACAAAUUUAUGAAUUUAAGAAUGAUCAUGUUUACUUAAGUCAAUGCAAUAUUUCUAUGUUGAUUUGUUAAAUAAAAGAAGAUUGCUAUUUGA